CGUGUACCGGACGUUCACGCCGUCUAACCGUCUGAAGUUGGCUUCAGAUUGCUCGAUGUUUAGUCCGACGAACAUGUUUACACGAAGAGCUGUGACUAACGAUUAUUUUCACGAUCGAUUAAUCUCUCGAUUAUUUUUAAGAGUUAUUGUUUGAGCUCCAUUUACAUGACAUUAAGGAUGCAUGUCCACGCACUGACUGGUUUUCAAGCUUAACCUGGUCAGCAAACUGUGUGUGACAUGGUCUAUUUUGGUGAGGAUUACAAAAGAGUAACUGAGUCUGAGAGUAUGAGUAUGGAUUAAUCUAGUCCAGAUCUGACAACUCCAAUGAAGGUUCUGAGAGUGACACACUCCAAUUCUACUUUACUGUCGUAUCAGAAACUAACUUCACAGAGUCAUUGGUUGAUAGUUGUCUGUGUGCCUUGAAACGACAAGCUAAUCUGACUACACUUUGCAUUGUUUAACUUUAACCAUUGUGUCAGCGUGUGUUUUCAUACGCGAUAAACGCAACAAAAAAAUCAGUACAGCUUAAAUUCAUUUUGCGUUUCAGUAGCAGCAGCUGCUGUAAAACAAGAGCUAGCUACUGUUAGCCAACUAGCUUCAGUCAGUGUACAGCGGAGGAGUCGAACCAGCUAACAUUAGCCUCCCAUGCUAACUAGCCGGCUGGCUCAAAUAUCCUUAUUUUUUCUUCUUUAUGAACAAACCACGCGACUGAAACGUAGUGACAGCGAAAUAUGCCACUCACCAGUGGGUCGUGUGUCGCGGGCAUCACCGCUGAGGCUCUGAAGACGUCCAUAAAAAACACCUGAAAAGAGCAAAAGCAGCCGACUCCCAAUGAACAAGCAGCUCAGCCGCGACCAAUCGAAGCAAACACACAAUUAAGCAACUGUUGUGAUCGCAAGCGAGAAGAGCAGUGGAGCCCAGAAAAGUCGACCAUCAAACCGCUAUUCCCAUGUCAGGAAAGUCUAUUUAUCUGGGACAGGGGCGCCACCUAGCGGCGUUUACUUGCCAUUAAAACGUGUGUGUUUUAGGUUUGAAGCAAAUAUGUAAAUUGUAUUGUAUAUGUAUGUUAUCAACAAUAUCAUCAGUAUACGAGGAAAGUUGGAUUGCCGGGGCUAGAUAACGAGCUAAAUAUCUUUCUUAUGAGGCUUAGAAGAAGAAGAGGAAAUCGAAGAGGAAGCUCCGCCUUCCCGCACAUGCGCAGACGUAACGGCGGAUUUUCUGUUUUUAUUUAAACUGGAUAAUGUGAUGGGGUAGUAAAGUCGUCACGGGCUUCUUUUAAUCAACCUACUGUAAUGAGAUUUUAUUUGUUACCACCGAGAAGCGAUACACUACCAAGACCGUCUCCUGUUCACCGCGGUUAUUCGUUUUCUUUAUCCGAGAGACUAGUUAUGUUUACGCCGACGACAAUGAAAUCUUCAAAAGUUUCCAAGCAGACUUCCGCUGUAGCGUCAAAGAUCAGGAAUAAGAUCCUGAACACCUCCUCCUUCUUCAAGGUCUCAUUAAAGACCAACAACAAGGCCUUAGCUCUGGCUCUGGAGGCUCAGAAGGAGAGAGGUCGGCAGCUGCAGCAAGACAUCGUGUAUCUCCAAAAACAAGUGGAGUCACUGUGCUUCGAGCUGGCCACCAGGAAAUACAAGGACAGGAGACUGCACCUCAUCUUGAAGAACCUCCACACAAACACCCUGCAGCACUUUGACAUGGUGUCAGAGCUGUUCACCGAUUGCGAUCUUCCCAGACUAUCUGAGGAUAACAAGACUUUAUUUAGUGACAUCAACGAGGGAAACCUCGCAGUGGAAAGUCUUUCAGAUUAUUUACCUCGUCAGUCAGAAAUGCCGAAAGAUUUCCUCUUUCCCACCAAACUAAACGAGGACCUUCCUGAAACAAACCUAGAUGAGAGUAUCUUCCAGAUUCGACUCACUGAUGCUCAUAAAGAUUAUACCGGUGUAGAGAAAAGGCAGUCAAGUCAGCGCGUACAAGUUCCUCAGGCGGGGACGUCCCGUCCGUCCAGCAGCCUCAGGGAUGAAGUAGAGAGACACUCAGUCUCUCAGUCGGGGUUUGACAUGAAUUUGGUUCCCGGGUCUACACGUGUCAGCACAUGUGAAAGACCCAAACUGUCCUUCUCUGCCGCUGACGGCGUGGUCCUAGUCCAGACCCCAGUCACUGCAACUGAACCAGAACGUGGUGGACACAAACAAGAUAAAACGCUCAUUCUGGACGCGACCAUGGAGAUGACGCUGAGCGAUGCCGCUGAGAUCGUCGCCGUGGAUACCAAGGCCAAGAAAAGAACAGGCGUCUCCAGCAAAGUGAAAUGCAAAAAGAAUAAAAAGGAUUCCCGUGGGCUGAGCGAUAAAGAAAAUCCACUCUCUGCAGAAUCUGGUACCAGUGAGGUUCAGAUUGUUCCUGCUGUGUCACAGACGGAUGACAUUGAUGGCGUGAUCCCCGUCCAGAUACCGGUCACUGUAACUGAACUAGGAUGUGGAAACAAACAAGACAAAAUGCCGAUUCUGGACUCAACGAUGGAGAUGGCGCAGAGCAGCGCUGCUGAUAUUGUCACCGUGGAUACCAAGGCCAAGAAAAAAACAGGCAGCAAAGUGAAACGUAAGAAGAAUAAAGAGGAUUCCCGCGAAAAAGAACAUCCACUCUCUGCAGAAUCUGGUACUAGUGAGGUUCAGAUUGUUCCUGCUGUGUCACAGACGGAUGACGUAGACCUCGUGAAGCCAGAGUCACCCAAAAUAACGUCUUUAAGUGUCACAACCUCUCGCAUUCCCAAACUGAACAAGUGUGCAGGUGACAACUGGAAAGAAAACAGUCAAAAAACAGUGAAGGACAAAUUAAAACCAGCAAACGCCUCAAAGUCCAAGUCCUGUGACUUCGACUCGACAGAUGCCGACGAUUAUUUCACAGAUCCUGAACAUAAACUCUCCAAAGUCGGGGAAAGUGUGACACUACAACGCGAGAAAGACAUCGCAGAGCAUUUGUUCUCCACGAUUACAUGCAGAAGGUCCAGAACCAAAGGCAGGAGGAUGUCUUCAGUCACCAGGAAACCACUUUUCACGGCGUCCUCACGGUCUUCUGCAAGUGAGAGCAGCGAGUCCGAGCUGGACAAGCUGCUGAAGGAAGCGGAAGAUGUUCAGGGGAAAUAUGAAAUGUGUAAAGACCAAGAGAAAUCCGAAGGGUUCACACGUCCAGAGUUGGAUCUUCAACAACAUGGCAACGCGAAGAGCACGGCUAACGUCGCGGGAAGUCACAAGUCGCGAUGCAGAGGGACGUUUGUUGUCUCAGUGACAAGGGAUUGCACAGUGUUGGACUCACCAGGGCAGGACAUGAUGCCGUCAACAGGAUUGUUCGGCUUUGACGUAGAGGAACUGUCAGUGGUCACAGAUGUUGAUCGGCAUCAGACGGAAUCAAACCCUUACAGGAACGGCGACGGAACGCAGAGCUCCUGUAAGCGUCCGUGGAAGGCCACUCAAGACUCUGAGAGCUCGAGCAGCCAAGAACACCACGAAGUUCUACUGCAGGACCAAGAUUUCGAGUUUCAGAAACCCAAAAAAGCCAGAAAUGAAAAGACAGGGCAAUCCGUCAAGAAGAAAACCAAGAAGAAGAAAGAGGAGGAGAGCGGUGACUUUUUAAACAACAAGGAAAAGAAGAGUAAGAGUAGCCAUAGCAACAAAGGACUCGACUCUGAGGAUGAAGCGGUUUAUCUUCAGGAAGUCACUGAAGCCUCGCCUCGAUGUAGCAUAGGUGAUGCUGAGAGAAGUAAAGAACGGUCUGGUGAUUUACAAAUGUCUGAUGUCUCACAUUUUCACCUCGGCGAAGAGGCAGACAUCUUUGAGCAAUUCCACGACUCCAAACCCUCAAAGCUAAAGUCCAGGGCAGAUUUGAAGCCAACGCAGCGUCAAGCUAAAUCCAAGCUGCACGCGGCCGCAGAUGGCAGGAAUCCAAGAGAGACGUUUGUCGUCUACGGGCGUAAAACUCAGGACGGCGUUUCACUCGACAACACAAGGACACCUGACAGUGUCUCGGUGGACGCCAGCGUCGAUCUGAGAGACGUGCUCGCGGACGAGGUGCCGCCGUGGCUGGACAUGGAUGUUAGCAUCACUAACGUGGAGGCGGACACUUUCCUGGGCAGUCCGAAGAGGGAGGCGUCGGCCGGGGGAGGAGCUGGAGUGACAACCGCAGACUCUCCAGCAGGAAGAGUCUUGACGUCACUGACAAACACCAUCAAAACGCCCGACGGUGACAACGGCGGCAGAACCAGGAGGCGCCACGGCGUCGUCAGCUACAAGGAGCCGCCCCUCAACAGCAAAAUACGGCGUGGGGAUAAAUUUACAGACAGCAAGUUUCUGAGCUCGCCGGUGUUUAAGGACAAGAGGAAGAAGAAGCAGCAGCAGAAGAUGAAGAAGACUGCACUCAAGCUGGGAACGCCUGCUCUGACUAACUGAUUACUUUUAUUUAUUCAUUUCCUUUUUAAAUGCCUGAAAGUGAUCUGUAUAAUCUGUGACUCCGCCGGGCAGAGGGAUUGACAGUGGGUUGGUCAUCAAUGAUUCAGUCCGGCCCGUUCACCUGAGACACAGCAGCUGAGUGAACAGGUUCAUGUUCCCGCCUCACAGAGGUUUGCAGACCUGCAGUCAGCCAUGUUUGGGAUUUGACGUCCUCGUAUGUACUGAAGUGUUGUUUCUACAGGACUGUGCGGUGAGUUCAGGCGCUCCACUCUUUGUUUUAUUUAAAAUUAUUUUUUUGUGUUUUUUAAAUUUUAUUCUGAUUAAACGUUCCUUAUCACACAAG